CGUCUCUCUCUCUCCCCCAAAUUUUUUUUUUUUCAUUUCAUUUUUCCCUGUCUACGUCCAUGACUUGUUUUAGGGCUAACGAAGUGAUGAAAAAUUGUUGAAUUAUAUCGCAUUUGAUCUCUAUUUCCUCCACGAUCUGUUCCCUCGUAACCUCUUGAUUGAACUCGUAUUAGGAAACAAAUUAACAACCUGGAGAAGAGGAAGAAGAAAAGAUGAUGAGUGAUCGGUCGGAGCUCAGAGUCCACGCACGGAGAUCGUUUGACGUUAUGAUCAAAACCUCCUACAGAUGGAUCUGCGAUCAUCCCUUCCUCCUCGGCUUCGUUGCGUUUUUGUAUCUCCUCCAAAGAACAUGUCCUUUCCUCUUCUCCGCCUUGGUGGUUGCGUCUCCCGUUUUGGUAUGCACUCUCGUUCUGCUGGGAACGAUUCUGAGCUUCGGAGAGCCGAACGUGCCUGAGAUCGAGAAGGAACAGAAGCCGGAGACCGUCUACGAGGCUGCUCCUUUUCGAACCGAGGUUUCCAGGGAUCCUUCUUCUUCUACUGUUGUUGUUGACAGAGGUGAGAGUUUUAACGUGGAGAGGUUUGUGGGGAGGGAGAAAUUAGAAGAUGUGGUUUUGGAUGGGAAGGAUGUUGCUGAUGGUUUGGUGGAGAAUCUUCUGAGCGAGGUUGAUGACGAUGGGAGGCCUUUUGAUUAUAGGCCUUUGGUUGAUGAGAGUCUCGACGAGGUGGUGAAACGUGAUAGUCACGUGAGGUUUGAGGAGAGAGCUUUUGUUGUGGAUUCUUCGGAUAAUAAGAGGAGAGAUGGAGGAGAAGAAGAAGAGAAGUUAAUGGGAAAGGAAGAUCAGAUGGAUGUAUCUCCAGUUUCGCCUUGGAGACCGAUGAGGCACGAGGAGGACGAGGAUGAUGACGCUGAUGACUCGCUUGAUUCUGGUUCAGAUGGUGCCGAGAGCUCUUCUCCUGAUCCUUCUAUGACUGACAUCAUCCCCAUGCUUGACGAGCUUCAUCCGCUUUUACACACGGAGGAUUCAGGCCGUGGUGGUGGUGUUGCGGAUCUGGAAGGAUCGGAUGCGGCUUCGGAGGGGCCUCACAGGAGUAGUAGUGAUGACGAAGGGAUGGAGAGUGAUGUUGACAGUGAAAGUCAUGGAGAGGAAGGAGACAACGAGAACGAAGAGGAUGAUGAAGAAGAAGAGGAAGAGGAAGAAGAGGAGGAGAAGAAGGAAGAGAAGGAUGAUGAAAGCAAAUCAGCUAUCAAGUGGACAGAGGCUGAUCAGAAAAACGUUAUGGAUCUAGGAACUCUCGAGCUCGAAAGAAACCAACGGUUGGAGAAUCUUAUUGCAAGGAGAAGAGCUCGUCACAAUAUGAGAAUGAUGGCUGAGAAGAAUCUGAUUGAUUUUGAUAGUGCUGAGAUUCCCGUUAAUAUGCCGCCAAUCUCAACUGCAAGGAAUCCGUUUGAUCUUCCUUAUGAUCCGUACGAUGAUAUGGAUAUACCUGGCUCUGCUCCGUCCAUUAUGUUCGCUAGGAAAAAUCCAUUUGAUUCUCCAUUUGAUCCAAAUGAAGAGAAGCCAGACGUAGUCAAGGGUGAAGGUGGUUUUGAGGAAGAGAUCUCGUCUCAACAGCCGAAGGAUCAAGUGUUCAGAAGACAUGAGAGUUUUAGCGUUGGUCCAUCGAUGCUCGGAGGUCCCAGGCAUGACAGGCUGCGUCCUUUCUUUGUGCUGGAAAGAUUAGCAAACGAGGGAACGAGCUAUUAUCCGUAUGAAAGGCAGCUCAGUGAAGUUAGUGAAUCAAAAGUCAGUUCUGUUCCUGAUACUGAAUCUGUGUGUACAAUCCUGGAGGAUGACGAAAAGAAAGUGGAUGAACAGGAUGGUGAUAGAGAUACUGAUAUCUCCAAGGCUUCUGACCGUGAUGAAGAAAAAAUGCAUUCGGCUUCUGACAAUGAUGAAGAGAAAACUCAUUCAGCUUCUGACCAUGAUGAAGAUAAAAGCCAUUCUUCAGAAGAUUCCGAUUUUGAUGAACAAGGUGAUGAUAGCAGAAAUCUUCUUCAUCAUGAUGUGGCUGAGAUAAUACUUGGAAGUCCAGAAGCAAACCAUGAGGAAACAAACAUGACGGAAGGAGAAACUUCUGAUAAGUCAAAACAUGAUGAAGAGGAAUCCAGUGAUAGCGAUUCAUCCUUAUCAGAGACAGAAGAAGAGAUGGGGGAUACUAGUGAGAAUGAAGCAAUGAUGGUUCCUGAGCAGAAAGGUGAUCUUCAUGAAGAAGAAGCAGGUACUUCUUCUUCCCAGCCUUCUUUUGGAGGAUUAGAAAUCCAUGUUCCAAGAGGGGUGGAUGAUGAUGAUUAUAACAACGAUGUAGCGCCUGCUUUCAUCACUGCACGCCCCUCGCUGGAGGACUUAGCAAGUCAUGAUCUUUCUGGUUUGGUUGAGGACCACCACGUAGAACCUGUUUACGAUACGAGCCCUCGUUCUGGCAGUAGGUUCCCAUCGUUUUCUUCCGUGUCGUCUGAUUACAAACCGGACCUACCUGGAAAGAGUGUGGAAGAAGUACAGGAAAAUGCAGAUGAGACUGAGAGAAGUACAAGGGAAGUAGGAGAGACUAGCUCACUUGUUGCAGGAGAGGUUCUCAUUGGGGAGGUUGGAACUGAUGGUCAAAACAAUUCAACGGAAUCUGAGGAAGUAUUAUCUUCAGAGAUGCUUGAAGAACAUCUCCCAGCUGCGCCUACAAGUUCACCUUUGGGAUAUGGCGACACGAGGGAGCAUGUGUCAACACUGGAAGAAUCACCUGAUGUGGUACAUGACAUAGCUGAAACUUCAGUAAACAGAUCAGUUGGUGAAGGCAUAAUGGACGAGGAAGAGGAUAAACAAAAGGAUGAAGCAACUCCUCAAACAUUCAAUGCAGACAUCCCAAUAGACAGUUACUCCACUUUGUCUUCUGGAGCAGUUGAGUACGCUGAGACGCAUUCAUUUAACGACGAAGAUGUUUCGCAGUCGGAACAAGAUCCAGUUCAGUCAUCAGUUCCCAAUCAAACUAUGGAUAUUGAAGUAGACUCUGUGAAUGCUAGUGUCCAAAAUGUGGGAUCCGGAGAAACGACUCCUUAUGAAUCAGAUAGAGAACUGACUUGGUCUGAUAAAUCUGUGGUAGAACAAUCAUCAUCACCUGAACAUGGUGAAGAUCAAGUACCAGCUCGUGCAGCUCCGGUUAGUGUGGUCUUUUCUCGCAACAUCACUUUCCACGAGUACCAUGAUGCUCCUGAGGAUACAGCCGAUUUAUCUUGUUUGACAUCUGACACAUCCUCAUCUCCAGCAGAGUCUCCCGAGUACAAAACACCUAUGGUUGGUGAAGGCUCAGGGGCUGAGUUCUUCCAAGCGACUGUUUACGACGAGCUUGACCAUGUGGUGGAGCGAUUAGAUCAGCUUACGGAUUUACAUGCAAUAUCUCAGACUCCUCCAGAAGUAAUCACUGAAGAGGCAGACGAGAUCAAAGAGAUCGAUGAAGGAUUGUUGUCUGAGCUUGACACGAUUGGAGACUUCAGUGUUAAGGAGGUUGUGACAGAUUCUGAGCCUGGGCCAUCUUCGAUAGGAUCAGACACUGCCAACGAACUGAUGGAAGCUCUGCCUGUUUUGGAAGCGAGAUCUGUUGAAGACAUACAAUCUGCUUUCCAGCAGAUCCAUGAAGGGUCUGAGGUUGAGGAUGUUAUUCUCCCUAGUACCGUUCAAGACCAGUUGGCUCAAGAGAAUUAUGGAACCGAGUCAAACUUUACAGUUGUGGAAGCUACUUCGAAGGAUGAUCUAGAUACUGCUAUGAACCAGGCUGUUGAAGAGAGCAUGGGCAAGCAGCCAAAGUCACCAGAGUCAGAAGGUGUCUCUGGAGAAAUCAUGAGUGCAGUAGAAACCGAAUCACCAGGGUCUUCAGUUGAAGAAAGGUCUGUUGAUGAGACAAAUGUUCUUCUGAACAACACACCUGAAGAAGAAGAAGAAAAAGAGGACAGUAGACCAGAAGAGGCAACCACAUCCGAUGUACCGUCUAUCGAAACCCGAUCAAUGGAGGAAAUCCCAAAACCUUCUGAACCAAAAGAGAGGAUGGCAAUGGAAGUAAUCUCUGAGAGAGUGGUGAUUCCCGGAGAAGGUAUUGAGUCUAGUAAUGUAACACUAAGGGAUGAAGUUGUGACUGAGGAAGCACCAAAAGCUGAGACCUCAAGCAACGCUGAUGUGAUUGAAACGAGUCAUGAGUCCAAAGAAACUGCUAAAACUUCAGAACAAGAAGGAAAGACAGAGAAGAAGGAGAAGGAGAAGAAGGAGAAGGAGAAGAAGGAGAAGAAGGAGAAGAAGAAGGAGAAGAAGGAGAAGAGUUCCAAAUCUUCAAGCUCGAGCUCAAGCUCAAGCUCUAGUUCGAGUGACUCAGACUGAAAAAUGGAAGGGUAAUGCAUCUCAACUCAAGUAAAUAUAUGUUUGUUACGCGGUAAUGAUUGACACUUCUGGUUUUUGUGUGUGUUUCAUCAGACUGUGUGCUCUGUUUUAAAAGGGGCAAGAAGAAGCCGCUUAUCAUUUCUCCUUUUUGUUGGUUUUUGUCUGUCUGUGUUUUCCUCAUUUCUCUUGCUUUCAGCUUUCAUAUUUAUUGAUUUGAUUGAUUUGUAUCUCUUGAUACUAUUUUGAGGUUUGUCAGGGUUUUUGGUUUGUGACUUCAAAUAUUCAGUUCUGAAUUAUUUUGUAUUGAACAUGGGAAGUGAGAACUGAGAAAAGUGUGUUGCUGCUUGGCUUUUUUC